UGUUGUUGCCCUUAACCAGUUCCGGUCCAGCCCCCGCUGAGGGUUCGGAUGAGGAAGUAACCGCGGCGCUCGCCAGGACGGCGUCACAUUUUAAAAAGCGCAGAGGACCCAUCGAGCGGCGGCGGCCAUGAAGCUUCGACUCCACUUCGUGGUGGAUCCCAUGGGCUGGCUCUGCAUCAGCGUGGUGUUCGGGAUCUGGCUCUACAACACCCUGUUCGUCCCCAAGCUGGUGCUGCUGCCGCACUACGACGAGGGCCACAUCCCCUGGGCCUUGGUUGUUUGUUAUUACAUAGCGUCGGCUCUGUGCGUCCUGGCCCUGGUCAGAGCUUCCACGGCAGAUCCUGGCCGUCUUCCUGUGGACCCACACAUACCUCACUCUGAAAGAGAACACUGGGAACUGUGCAAUAAGUGCAACCUCAUGAGACCCAAAAGGUCGCACCACUGCAGCCGCUGUGGCCACUGUGUGCGCAGGAUGGACCACCACUGCCCCUGGAUCAAUAACUGUGUGGGAGAAGACAACCACUGGCUCUUCCUGCAGCUGUGUUUCUACGCUCAGGUUCUCAGCUUGUUCACUCUGGUGCUGGACUUUUGCCAGUACUAUUAUUUCCAGCCGCUGACCAGACUAGACCAGGAGAAGUUUACGACACGCCAUGAGCUGGCUCUGCUGCGAGUCUCAGCUCUCAUGGGCGUGGUCAUGUUCGGUGGCAUGUCGGGCUUGUUUUACACGCAGAUGAGCGGCAUCCUCUCUGACAUGACCACCAUUGAGAAAAUGUCUCAAUUCUCCAGUGAAACAUAUGGAUCAAAAAGAUCGUGGCAGUGGGCUCUAGCCGAAGUUUGCGGCACUCGCUGGAAACUCCUGUGGCUCCUCCCGCUGCGCGGCAGACAGCCCCUCCAGGCCGGCCACCUCUACCGCAGCCACGUGUAGCUCUGUGGCGCCACAUUCCCUCCGCUGCCUGCACUUUUCGAGUAGAAGCUGCUACGGUUAUAAACACUCCACGUACUCCUAAAAAUAUCUAUCUUCUCACUUUCACCAUCCUCUGCUGUGCUGCGUUUGUCAGCGGGUACAUAACCUUUGCUUGGUUUUUCUAAAACAGGGUCACAAACACGUUUUGAAUAGAUGGAAAAUGUUUUAUUCACUGUGACUGCUGUUUUUAUCGUUUGGCAACCACCUUUAAGGGUUAUUUACAUGUUGGGGAUGGAAGCAAUGGGACAUCUCUCAGGUUACGUCAUAAAGAGCCUUCACUAGUACUCAACUACAGACAGAACAAGACAAGGUGUCAUUUUUUUUGUAUCAAGUUUGUGCCUUGCUUUGUUUUCAGUGCUUUUUAGUGGUUCUGAAGUACUGUUAUCCUCUAAUGAUUCAUGAAUGUUUUCUUUAAUUGUUUUAUUAUGGUUUUAUGUAUAAUGUGUGUUUUGUUUUUUGUUUUAAAGAAGAAGGGCCACUGACCAAAGUCAAUAGCUUCCAAUCUGGAGAUGCUAUAUGAUUGCAGAGACCAGUUAAGCAAGCUAACACAAAACACUGAUAAAUGGGGGUUUAAUAGUUAUUCCUACUGUAAAAUAUAAGUUUAAUGUUCACUAAUCAGAAGUUGAUGUUGACGUUUUGUUGUCUAAUUAUACUGUCAUAGAUACCUUGAGUCAGCUGUUUAUCCUGAGGGGUUUACGGUAUAGUCAUGAGGGAAAAAAACAAUCCAUCUGUCUUAUUCACUGGAAAAACACUUAGUCACUGGAAAAACACUGCAUCAUUUAUUAGCUUGUAGAAUCACUUUCAGCAACGAUAACUUUAUUAUUUUAAUCAGUUUAUUUACUGCUCUUUUAAGGACCCACCUCAGCAGGUCAGUCAGGCUGAGGCUCAUACUUUGACUGGACUGUUGCAACACACUAACUAAUUGGCGAACUGUCCUGGUAGUGACCUUAGUUCUGGAAACCUUCAGCUGUUGGACUUACAUUUGACUCUGGGAUACUUUGGUAUAUAGAGGAGCUUAGCAUCAAGUAAAUGACAGCACCAGGGUUCUGUUUCUACCAAAAAGCCUAAAUCUCUGACGGUCAAACACCAUGCUUGACAGUUGGUAUGAGGUGUUUGUGCUGAUGUCCUCUGUGUUUGGUUUUUCCUACAUGGCGCUGUGCAUAAUGGCCAAACAUCUCUUCUUUGGUCUCGUUUGUGCAAAUGUCUUUUUCCUAGAAGCGUUGUGGUAAAUUCAGGUGCAACUUUGAGGUUUUAUCCUGGCAGUUCAUCCAAACAAGCCAUAGUUAUUGAGUCGUUCUUUCAUUUUCCUGGCAUGAACAUUAACAUUUACAUACAACCUGAGGCUUCGAGAGUCUGAGAUGGAUCUCUUUGGUUGUUGUUCAUUACUCCGAGGGUCUGAAUCUGUGGUAAAUUUUCUGGGGUGUCCACAGCUUUACAUUAUUUGGAAGUGUCCCAAUAAUCAUUUAAUAGAAGUGGUCCCACUUGCUGAAGAUGAGUUAGAA